GCCAUUCGGAAAUCGGAAGUCACAUUGGGCUGGUCCGGCCACUCCGACACCCUUAUAUAAAGUCCCGAACCCUAGAGGCAAGCACCUUCCUCCCCAACUCGCCGUCUGCCUUCUGCGCCUCCAUUUCGGCCUCUGUCCCUUGCAAGGUAGCUAAUCCUCUGUCGCUCGAUCUUUGUCCUUGAGGUGCUCGAUGAGAUAGGCAGUGGUUCAAAGCUGUGCUCUGUUGCCUCCCCGUGCCUGAAGUGAUUCGGUCUUCUGUUUGCGAUUAAUUUUCAAUCUCACCUCCAACCAUGGGUAAAGAGAAGUCCCACAUCAACAUUGUGGUUAUUGGCCACGUUGACUCUGGCAAGUCGACCACCACAGGACACCUGAUCUACAAGCUUGGAGGCAUUGACAAGCGUGUGAUCGAGAGGUUUGAGAAGGAGGCUGCUGAAAUGAACAAGCGGUCCUUCAAGUACGCGUGGGUGCUCGACAAGCUCAAGGCUGAGCGUGAGAGAGGUAUCACCAUUGAUAUCGCUCUGUGGAAGUUUGAGACCACCAAGUACUACUGCACGGUCAUUGAUGCCCCUGGACACCGUGACUUCAUCAAGAACAUGAUCACUGGUACCUCCCAGGCUGACUGUGCUGUCCUUAUCAUUGACUCCACCACUGGUGGUUUUGAGGCUGGUAUCUCCAAGGAUGGCCAGACCCGUGAACAUGCUCUCCUUGCGUUCACCCUUGGAGUGAAGCAGAUGAUUUGCUGCUGCAACAAGAUGGAUGCAACCACUCCGAAAUACUCCAAGGCACGUUAUGAUGAGAUUGUGAAGGAAGUCUCAUCCUACCUCAAGAAAGUUGGGUACAACCCUGAUAAGAUUGCCUUUGUUCCCAUUUCUGGUUUUGAGGGCGACAACAUGAUUGAGAGGUCCACCAACCUUGACUGGUACAAAGGCCCAACCCUGCUUGAGGCUCUUGACCAGAUCACCGAGCCCAAGAGGCCUUCGGACAAGCCCCUGCGUCUGCCCCUCCAGGAUGUGUACAAGAUUGGUGGUAUUGGAACUGUACCGGUUGGUCGUGUGGAGACUGGUGUCAUCAAGCCUGGUAUGGUAGUCACCUUUGGUCCAACUGGCCUGACUACUGAGGUGAAGUCUGUUGAGAUGCACCACGAGGCGCUUCAGGAGGCUCUUCCGGGCGACAAUGUUGGCUUCAACGUGAAGAACGUUGCUGUCAAGGAUCUCAAGCGUGGGUUCGUGGCCUCCAACUCCAAGGAUGACCCUGCCAAGGAGGCUGCCAGCUUCACCUCCCAGGUCAUCAUCAUGAACCACCCUGGGCAGAUUGGCAACGGCUAUGCCCCAGUGCUGGACUGCCACACCUCCCACAUCGCCGUCAAGUUUGCUGAGCUCAUUACCAAGAUCGACAGGCGAUCUGGCAAGGAGCUCGAGAAGGAGCCCAAGUUCCUGAAGAACGGUGAUGCUGGUAUGGUGAAGAUGAUUCCCACCAAGCCUAUGGUGGUGGAGACAUUCUCCGCGUAUCCUCCCCUGGGUAGGUUUGCCGUCCGCGACAUGAGGCAGACGGUUGCUGUUGGAGUCAUCAAGAGUGUGGAGAAGAAGGACCCAACCGGCGCCAAGGUGACCAAGGCGGCCGCCAAGAAGAAAUGAUGCGAUCCCGUGUCUGCUUUUGCAGUGCCUGGAUAACUUGCCACUAAAGUUGUGUAUGCGGUUGUUGCUGUUAUUGCGUGGACUGUUUGCUGCGGUGUCUCCUGUUUGUUUGGGUAGCGCAGCGUCGGCCUCUUCAGGUGUCUGUUGUCUGUUGUCUUUACUAUCAGUAAUGCUCCUGAGACUUGUAUUUCUCCUUUUGGCGCCGCUAAAUGGAAUUUUCGAACAAUGAUUUUCGUGUUAUUAUUUUACAACCUUUUCGAACAAUAUUUACA